CAGUUUUGGGGCGACCGCAUGCCAGAAUCGCUCUCUUCCGGUCAGGUCGUCCUCCAAGGCCACGACUUCUUCGCCCCUCAAUCCGCGCAAAACACGGACGCCUCCCUCUUCGUCCUCCGCAUGGUCCUGCACGACUGGCCCGCCUCCAAAGCCACCGCCAUCCUCCGGCACCUCCGCGCCGCGUCAACACCGCACCGCACCAAGCUGCUCGUGGUGGAGAACAUGCCCCGGUACGCGUGCAGGGGUUCCACCGCGGGCACCGGCGAAGACGGGGAAGAUCAAGGCGCCGCCGUACCGGAGCCCCUGUUGGGCAACGGCGGGUACGCGGCGGCGAUGGCGUACUUGAUGGACCUCCAGAUGAUGCUCAUAGACGGACACGAACGCACCAUCGGCGAUUUCCGGCGGAUCACCGCCGACUCGGGGUGGAAGAUCGUCCGCGUCUACAGUCCGUCAGGUCAGUCAGUAAAUCUGUCGCGAACUACAGCGCGCUUAAACUCACCGCACGACACAACGCAGGUUCGAACUUCAAGCACAUACUUGCGGAGGCGAUUUGAUCGACUGCAUUCACUUACGAGUAUUAGUAACAACAUCCCGAAUGUACAAUUGUAG